AUGGAUGGCGUAGCGGUGAGUGGCGAAGAGGCAAGUGGGGAAGAAGCGAGUCGAGAAGAGGCGAAUCCCAAAGAGGCGAGCAGGAAAGAGGCGAGUCCCAAAGAGGCGAGUCCCAAAGAGGCGAGCGGGAAAGAGGCGAGUCCCGAAAAGGCGAGUCCGAAAGAGGCGAGUCCGAAAGAGGCGAGUCGCGAAGAGGCGAGUCCCAAAGAGGCGAGCGGGAAAGAGGCGAGUCACGAAGAUGCGAGCGGGAAAGAGGCGAGUGAGAAAGAGGCGAAUGGGAAAGGGGCUGUGGAUGCGGAGGACAGCGUUCCAGACCCAAAACGUGUCAGUGCUGAGAGCAUUGAAAUGAGUGUAUUAUAUGAUGUUCCUGUGAGAGAAGACGAAUCCAAAUGCAAAGUCACGUUGUGCAUGCCAGGGCAAGCGUUUUGGUGUUUCCUUGGAUUUCUUAUCAUGUUCAUUUGUAUAUUGAGUGGCCUCUAUGUAAACAAUUCCAAGUUAAAUCAGUUGAAAGAACGGCUGAAUUCCAGUGAAGAAAACAUUCGGCUCCACAUAAAUAUGUUACUGAACCACAUUCCCCAAAAAAUGGAAAGCAUAGAAAUACAAUUGGAUGGUCUGUUUCAACAGCAGCGGGAGCUGAAGGAAUACCUUCGCGCUAUUGACGCUGAAUAUUCUGGAACAGUCGUAAUAAAUGCAAUUACGAAAAUGGAUGAACUACUGCGCAAGUAUCACAAACUGGAGGAUAUGACCUCUGUUGUCGCUGAGCUGAAUGCUGCGGAAGUUCUGCUACAAGAGCAACAGAAGCUGCUUUCGGAAGGGCAGGAGAAGCAAACUGACUUGAUAUACUUGUAUUUUUGCGGUGCAGAUGGAGCGGAAAAAGUACCGCUGAUGUGCUGCAAGAACGGCUGGGCCAAAUAUGCUUCAAAUUGCUACGGAAUUUCUGACGGAGAAGAAACUUGGGAAGAUGCCAGAGACGACUGUAAGGCCAAUAACAGUGAGCUAGCUAAAAUUGACAACGCUCAAGAGCAGGAGUUCCUAACCAAACUUGUUCAUGCAUACAAAGAAGAAAAGAAAAUAAAGCCCGAAAAGAUCAACACCUACGGAGCGUGGAUUGGCCUGUCGGGCAAAGGAGGGCAAUUCAAGUGGAUAGGACAACAGCACACUCUCGACUGAAACAUUUUGGGACGCUCAAAGGAGGAAGAGGAAUGAAGAUUGUGUGGCCAUUAUGCCCCCGCCUGACACGAAGGGCGCUGGCUGGUAUAAAAGCUGGAAUCCCCUCCUGUGCAAUGAAAAGCGAUACUAUUUGUGUGAAAGUUGUGUGUUUUGCAAAAAGGAUUCCGAAGAUUCAAACUGAGGUGGUCGUGGUCAGGCAAAAUGCCACCCCACCAGCAUCCUUGGAUGAGACUGAUCAGCACCUGCUACCGGUUUCCUUUCUUUUUUGUCACGUGACAAACUGUAACUGCAAACUUGGCAGCUCCCAUUGAUGAUGUCAUAAUGUCAGGACAACAUUUUCUUGCUUAAAAAGGGCAAUGAUGGCAAC